AUGAAUAGUGAGUGGGAAUCUGGCUUCCGACAUGACGCUGUUGCUCUGACUCUGGUGCAUUUUAGGUAUGUUGAUCAAAACAACUUCCUGCGAAGUGUGAAGAAUGUCAAGGUGGACGACACACAAACACACUCGGAUGCUAAUUUGCUCAGAGUACCUCCCUGUAAGAGCAUUGAGUUUCACAUGUCUAUCGAUGGGAAUACUAUGUAUUGGAGAUUUCAUGAGAAACCUAACCUUCGUCGGCGGCAGUUUGCGGUGAGCGGUAUUCAUGCUUAUGUUGCGCUUUUGACUGAUGCAAUUUACAACAAGCCAUUUGGUUUUAGUCAACUGCAAAACCGCCGUGCAAGUAGACUGGGACUGGGCAUGGGCGAUGCAAGAUUUCGUUAUUGGGUCAUGCAAAACAGGUAUUGUGAUCGGUUCUUCAACAAGAAGACCGCGGUAUACGAAGAAGCUGCAAGGAAUGAUCUUCUGCCUGGCGGCAACGAAGUGAAGGUUGAGUCUCGGGGAUUCGGUAUUCUCAACAUGCUCGAUGGAUCAACUUUUGUCAACGGCCAGAAGAUCCCCACCGUCAAGCUACCAGUGAUGCUCCUUCACCCAGACAUGACAUAUGUUGGCCCCAAUCUCUACACAAGAAGGCGACCAAAGUACCUGGACCUCGACUCCACCCAAGUGCUCCACGUGAAAGCUCUUGGAGCCAAAGUGUGUAUUGCGUUUGGAGUUUACAUCAUCAAAAACACCCUCGAGAUCCCGACUGGUUCGCGAAUGGUCAGCCAAGCAUCAGCACAGAUUAUGGGAACAGCACCACAAUUUGAGCAUGCUUCGAAGCCCAGGUCUGUAGUCAUGGUUGAGUUCAGAGGCGAGGACAUGCUUUUUACUUUUUCAGGGCCCACGGCUGGCGUUGUGAUCGUGGAAUGGUACACACGCGAGUCCAGCCAGGACUCAGUUUAUUCGGACAUCGUUGAUGGGGGAGCGAUAGGAUCAAAGCUGCAGAGAAACUACUGCCCCCAAGCUGACCGGCGCUGUGAACAAGAACUGCAUCGCGGCAUCCAUGCUCCUGCACCUGACGACUCAGUCAUCCACAAACGUGGAGGAAUCGUAGAUCUGGAUGGCCGGUCAAGACUUGGAUACUGUUUCGCAGGAUCAAACCGACUUUUAUGUCGCCCGGAGAGUCCUGGUCGAGUCUCAGCGUCCGACAUGGCUCAAUUCUCCAACGCCAACAACAUCUUGAUGGCUAUAAUUCCAAGUGAAUCCCCAUACUUCUAG